UGUGCCCGCCUGCCCACCUGCCACUGGUCAGACUUCAAAGGACAUGUGAGAUGGCUCACCCUGCAAAUAAAAUACAAAUAUCAGCUUCAGCAGAGGGAAGAGGAGAGAGGAAGGGAGCGUUCCACCUGCCCUGUGUCAUCCUGCCCUGGAAGGUGGAUUGAUGCAUUGGAGUCCCAACAGCCACGCCCUGUUCUGCCUGCGGUGGAUCUAACUUUGGAGAAAGAUAGUGUACAGAGCGUUCCUGAGUCUGGAGGAAGAGAUGCGCGUUCUUCAGAUCAGCAUGGCCCGGGUUCAGCGUUUUCGCCAGUUGGCGCCAGAGGCGGAGCGCCUCCCCGACCAGAUGCUGACAUGGCUGUGGAGCCUUGGCGCCUAGAAGCGCAGAGGGCGGUUUGGGCCUCUCUGGCCCCCAGCACACGGGCAGCUUACACUAGGCAGUGCAGGACCUUCCAGGAUUUUAGGACCCAGGUAGGAUUGUGCCAGGACUGGCCUCCCCCCGCGGAACAGUUAAUGCAAUUUUUAGUCUAUCUCAAGGGUAAGAGCUUGUCCACUGGGGCUAUGGCGGGUUAUUUGGCAGCCCUAGCUUUUCAGUCAAAAUCCCAAGGAAUGGCUGAUACCACUGGGGACUUCAGGGUGAGGAGGAUGUUGGAGGGUUGGACUAGGGAACACCCGGUCGCGGUUGACAGCCGCAGGCCCCUGCUUCCCACCGCCAUACGGGGUGCGGUGGUGCAUUACUCGGGAAUUUGCCGGUCAUCUUAUGAGGCCUCCCUCUUUCGGGCGGCCACGUUAGUUUUGUUCUUUGGGGCCUUUCGAGCAGGUGAAUUGCUCCCCAGGAGUCAGCACAGCCCUGUUUUCAAAGUGGUUCAGUUCGGGGACGUUAGUUUGGGGCGGGAUGUGGCGCAGCUGCGCCUUCGGUUCUCUAAGACUGACCAACGCGGCAGGGGACAGUUAGUGUCAUUACAUAUGGCUGACGACGCUCUCCUUUGCCCGGUACGGGCUCUGGGCAGCUACAUGGCCUUGCGAGGAUCUUCCCCCGGAUGCCUAUUUGUACAUGAGGGUGGGCUCCCCCUUUCUCAGUAUCAGUUUUGGACGGUGGCGCAGCAGGCGCUUGGAGCAGCUGGGGUUGACACUGCGCAGCUGUCUCUCCACUCUUUUCGCAUUGGCGCUGCUUCCACGGCCUCCCGGCUGGGUCUUUCAGGCGAGACCAUCCAGCGCAUCGGGCGUUGGCGGUCUGCCACCUACAAGAGGUAUGUGCGCUAGUGUUGUGACGGCGCUGACGGUUCUUUCUUUUUACAGGCCCUGCACGUCGGGCGGCGAGGGCUCGGGUGCUCAUUUUGGGCCAUUCCAUUGUUUUCUGGGCACACAGGACGGCUCGAGUGGCACGGCCGGGAACACAGCUUGGCCUGGGUCGAUGGGCGGACAUCACCUGGAUUGGUCGCAGGGGGAUCGUCAUCGCCCAAUUGCUACCCAUGUUGUGGGAAUUUCUGACAGCGCAUCCGCCGCCUGACAUAUUGAUUCUUCACAUUGGGGAAAAUGAUUUGGGGUUUAGGUCAGGGUUGUCCAUUUUCCAUUGCUUGCGUAAAGACUUUCUCCAAAUUCUCGAAUGGUGCCCUGGCAUUGUCAUUCUUUGGUCCGCCAUGCUACAGCGCAGAGUUUGGAGAGGCGCGAGCAACCCUUAUGGGGUGGAAAGGGCCAGGCGGAAGGUCAAUGCACAGAUUUCGAGCUUCUUAGUGUCCAUCGGGGGGGGGACUAUUGACCAUCCCACUAUCUUCUUUUCGGUACCCAGCUUGUUUAGGGGGGAUGGUGUCCAUCUUUCGCCCAGCGGGACCGGUUUGUUUUUGAGUGAUCUGGAGCAGGGAUUGGCUGUUUACUUGCGCACUUGGUGGGGUAGCUCGGGUUAAGCUAGGCUAACCCGCGCAGUGGCAGGUGCAGUGCGGUGGGGAAGACAAUUCAGGCUGGUGAACACCUUCGGGUAAGCGUUUGGCUAUGGGUUGAGAAGGGCAACUCCCUAGAGACUGCACGGCUCAGGGAUAUCUGCCCUUGUUGACCUACCCUGGCAGGCUAAGCCCUAAGGAAUCGCUGAACGGCUACCUUGGGGUGAUGUUUGUCAGGGGCCCGGCAGUAGGUCGGCUAGGAUAGGCAACCCCGGAUUUUGAGUGUUUGGGGUUGCCUGGAGCCAAGGUGUAUCGCCCAUGUCAUAGGUUAGGUAUGCCCUGGUGGUGCAUGCCUGUAGUACCGCACUGCCAAGUGGGAAGCCAUCCCUGCUCUUUAAGUUCUUGCUAAAGUUAAAUAAAUUGUGGCCCGAUUUACAACAAAACCUUGUGUCUCGUGUCUUCUUGGGUGUCAGGCAAUCCUCAUUAUGCUUUCAAGUGAUCCUUAAGGCCACCUUGAAAAUAACAGGAAAAUGCCAACGUAUAAGAGACUUCUACCUAGGGUAGUGCCAGGUUGCUUGGGGCUGGGGAUAAGUCCUGCAGUUUUCACCCUAAGGAAGGAAGGAAGGAAGGAAGGAAGGAAGUGGUCAAAGAAAAAUCCAGGAUGUUCAAAUCAUAAUUUGGCUAUAUUCUGGGCUAUGUUUAAGGUAGCUGCAUUCUGCAGAGCUCUCCAUUUGAUAUUUACAUAUUUUGCCUAAGCAAUUAAAAAUAUAUCCUGCACCUCUGUGGAAGGCAUUAUAAUCUAGACUAACUUUGGGCACCAUUAGAUGAACAGCAUGUUUGGUCCUGGUCAUUUGCAGCCAUUCUUCUUGACAAUGACAGUGAUUAAAGAUUAUAUUAAUGGGCUUAUUCAGUCUCUUGUGCUUUUUACCUUUCAUUAGUGGGUGGAGUAAGACCUUUUGUUCUCACAGAUUUCUAUCCUCUGAUUGCACCCUCUACAGUGAGCAAUUGAAAGAAGGCUUUGAUUUGCUCUUAGCAAAUCAUGGUUGGAUGGGUUGGACUGGAGGAAGAGGAAAUGUUGCUCUCCCACAGUUAGCAAACUCGCUGGGAGGGAUACCAAAAAGAGAGAAGCUCUAUUCCACUUGCAGAGAAGAGGAUUUAAACUCAGGAAAUGGGUGGAUAGUUAUUCAGGAACAGACUCAGCUUAAGAAUAUAGCCACUUGGUAACUAAUAGGAAUUUAAUUGGAUUCACGUGUGCAUCUCCAACAUAUCCUGUGGCUUCAGGCCAAUAUAAGUGUGUGUGUAUUGACUUGAUUAUCCUAUUUGUCCACCCAGAUUUGAUAUUUUCAGUUGUUUUUCCCUGAUCAAAUGAAGUGUUUUCCACUGAUUAAUUAAUUUUAAUUUGUUUUCACUUCAAGCACAAGAUUUGCUUUUCAUUGAUAGCAAGUAUCCAUACUUGUGA